AUGAAUGGGACCCAGGCUCAGGACCCAGGCUCAGGACCCAGGCUCAGGACCCAGGCUCAGGACCCAGGCUCAGGACCCAGGCUCAGGACCCAGGCUCAGGACCCAGGCUCAGGACCCAGGCUCAGGACCCAGGCUCAGGACCCAGGCUCAGGACCCAGGCUCAGGACCCAGGCUCAGGACCCAGGCUCAGGACCCAGGCUCAGGACCCAGGCUCAGGACCCAGGCUCAGGACCCAGGCUCAGGACCCAGGCUCAGGACCCAGGCUCAGGACCCAGGCUCAGGACCCAGGCUCAGGACCCAGGCUCAGGACCCAGGCUCAGGACCCAGGCUCAGGACCCAGGCUCAGGACCCAGGCUCAGGACCCAGGCUCAGGACCCAGGCUCAGGACCCAGGCUCAGGACCCAGGCUCAGGACCCAGGCUCAGGACCCAGGCUCAGGACCCAGGCUCAGGACCCAGGCUCAGGACCCAGGCUCAGGACCCAGGCUCAGGACCCAGGCUCAGGACCCAGGCUCAGGACCCAGGCUCAGGACCCAGGCUCAGGACCCAGGCUCAGGACCCAGGCUCAGGACCCAGGCUCAGGACCCAGGCUCAGGACCCAGGCUCAGGACCCAGGCUCAGGACCCAGGCUCAGGACCCAGGCUCAGGACCCAGGCUCAGGACCCAGGCUCAGGACCCAGGCUCAGGACCCAGGCUCAGGACCCAGGCUCAGGACCCAGGCUCAGGACCCAGGCUCAGGACCCAGGCUCAGGACCAGCCAGGACCAGCUCAGGACCCAGGCUCAGGACCCAGGCUCAGGACCCAGGCUCAGGACCCAGGCUCAGGACCCAGGCUCAGGACCCAGGCUCAGGACCCAGGCUCAGGACCCAGGCUCAGGACCCAGGCUCAGGACCCAGGCUCAGGACCCAGGCUCAGGACCCAGGCUCAGGACCCAGGCUCAGGACCCAGGCUCAGGACCCAGGCUCAGGACCCAGGCUCAGGACCCAGGCUCAGGACCCAGGCUCAGGACCCAGGCUCAGGACCCAGGCUCAGGACCCAGGCUCAGGACCCAGGCUCAGGACCCAGGCUCAGGACCCAGGCUCAGGACCAUGUUUUCUCUGCGAUGUUGUGUUUUGUGUGUUUUACGGCUGUAUUCCUUGUAUUUGUCAGUCUCAAAGCUGCUUUUAUAA